CAAUAUCAGUCUUGCGGUAGUUCGGUGCCAAGAAAGCACAGACUACAGUUGUUUACAUGCGGAACGAUCGGUGUAGAGGCAGAGCAAUCAAUGUUGGAGCUGCUGUCAGCGAAGUUAAUUCAUUAGCCAGCACUAUGGGGGUGACACGCUUUGGUGUUGGCCAUUAUAGGCAGCACUGAACCAGAAGACCUGGAUUUGUCAUUGAACAUCCAGAUCUUUGUCUAUACCGUUAGGCGUUAUAUAUAACUUUCUGCGAUACAACGUCUUAGAACACCGUGAUUGACAUUUAGAAACACCAUCUGACUUUCAGUGUAAGAACUACCUCAAGUCUGAAGAUCAAGGGAGAGGUGCAGGAUUGAGGCACACCACUGCCUGAAGACUGUGUUGGGGAAAGAAUGGAUGCAGCCUUAUCUUCACCAAUAGUGAAAUCAUUUGUGGCAGGAUCCUUUAGUGGAACAUGUUCAACGCUACUUUUUCAACCUUUAGAUCUUGUGAAAACAAGAGUGCAGUUGUCAAUAAACUUUGGGAAAACACAAGGCAUUGUCAGUGUUUUGACACAUGUUAUUGAGAAAGAUCGCCUCCUUGGACUAUGGAGGGGAGUUGUACCGUCAAUCACACGAUGUGUUCCUGGUGUGGGUAUCUACUUUGCUUCUCUACACUGGCUAAGAACAAAUUUCGGGACUACAGAUCCCCAUCCUGUGGAGUCGCUGCUGAUGGGAGCAACAGCUCGCUCUGUUGCUGCAGUGGCAGUCCUUCCAUUCACUGUCAUCAAGACUCGUUAUGAGAGUGGCAGCUUCCAGUACUCCAGUAUGACAAGGGCAUUGGUUAUCACUCAUCAGAAAGAGGGACUGAAAGGUCUGUAUUGUGGUUUGGGACCUACGCUGAUGAGGGAUGUGCCCUUCUCCUCUCUCUACCUCAUGUUUUAUACUCAGCUUAAAAAGACACUGCCAGAAGACAUGCUCCAAGAGAAGUCUUUGCCUCUUUUCCACUUCCUGUGUGGCAUCAUGGCAGGAACUAUGGCAUCUGUGGUUACUCAGCCAGCAGAUGUCAUCAAGACACAUGCACAGCUCAACCCAUCUAUGUAUGGCAACAUCAGAGCAUGUGCAUUGCAUGUUUAUCAGAAGGAUGGUUUAGUUGGGUUUUGGCGAGGAAUCAUUCCACGAACACUGCGUCGAACCCUCAUGGCAUCUAUGGCAUGGACCAUUUAUGAGCAGGCGAUGAGACAUUUUUGCCUCAAGACAUAGCACUGUCUUCAUCUAGACCAUCAAUUCAUCCUCAGCUGGAAUUUCGUGUUACAAUUUACACAGUUCAAGCCUUUUGAAUUCAACAUAGCAUCCCUUAGUCAUGCUAACUGUGCUAACAACUGUUGUCCAACAAAGUCAGAAGAGUUCUGACCUUGAAUUCGUUGUAAUGCUGUUUUUGAAUGCAUUGUGAUGGAUAAAUCUAUGCUUCUUGAUGGAGAAUGCUUUCAUGGAUCAUGAACAGUUUGUAAUGCAUGCUAAUGAACAACCUUGAAUUCAUCAUGGUGAUGCACCAUGGUGAAAAAUGCUUUAGUGAAGAACAGAACCUACUACAGAAUCGUUUUGUUCAGUAUGUAUCUUUAUCAGGAUGAACACUGUUUGACCUGCGGUUUGAAGUAUGGAUUACAAUGUUGUCUUUCCUGAAAAUGAGGGCUUCCAUAACAUGGCAGUUUUCAUGUACUGUUAUUCUGUACCGGUGAUUCUGAUUCAAGAUCGAUGAAAUAAUAACAUUUUAAAAUAUGAUGACUCUCUGUGAUAAGGAUGUGCUAACACAAAUCUAACUGCCGACGCAUCUACACAAAUACUUUGCGAGAAACCUACAUAAGGGACAGUUUAUGUUUUGUCUUUAUGUCUUAUAUGAGUACAUAUGACUGCUUCUGAACUUAAACAAUACCACAUUGUCUGUUUGCAUCUAUGAUGCACAAGUUCAAUCUGUGUAUUCUGAACAAAUGGCUGUUGGGGAAAUAUUUUGAUGAAUAUCACAAGAGCGUGGUAUAAACAGUAGAGGACGCAACCUGUACGCAAGACUGGUCCCUUUGUGCAAGUGACUGCUGGGAGAUGGAAGAGUUGAAACAAUUCCAUUUCUAUUUUUAUUAUGUUUGAUGAGAGCUUAACAUUCUGUUUAUAUAUAUGUGUAACGAUGUUGGUACCUUCUAGAUGGAAACAAUCCUCUUGCACAAGUGUAGUUAUGCUUGUUAUCUGUCAGACUUACGGUUGCAUAUUUGUAGCUUUUUUAAUUGGCACCUCAGAAAAUAAGUAACGUCUGUGGUGACUAGCUGGGAACUGCAGGAGCAAUGGUUUCAGCAGUCACAUUGAAGCAAAUAUCAAACAUGCAACAUCAAGUGCAAUGAUGUGUAGGGGUGGGUAUUGCAAAGAACUUUCAUAUUGCGAUAUAUUGCGAUGCGAAAGCAUGUAUUGCGAUAUGUAUUGCAAUAUAUUGCAGGACGUUAAUGCUUGAUUUAUAAAGCAAAAGCACAACAAAAUCACUAUGCCUGAUUAAGCUUUAAUAAAAACUACUUUACCAUUGCAUAUUUUACAUACCGCCUUACUCUUACCAAUAAUUCCAUCUACCGUGAACUUUUUCAACCCAAAA